GUCACAACUGGUGCAAAACACAGAGACAGGAACAACCACCCACAAAAUACCCAAAGAAUGUGGCUGCCUAAAUAUGGUUCCCAAUCAGAGACAACGAUAAACCAUAGACUUACCUAGAACACUAAACUGAAUACAACCCCAUUAAUCUACAAACACCCCGAGAUAAGACAAAACACAUAAAUCACCCAUGUCACACCCUGGCCUAACCAAAAUAAUAAAGAAAACAGAAUACUAAGGCCAGGGUGUGACUGAUGAGGGAAUUGUAAAUAUAAAUUACAUUUGUUUAAGAUCUAUAUGACCUUAUAAUCGCUGGAGACAAAUGUGAAACCACUCACAUGGCAGCAAACUGAAGCAUAUCAACAUAUCAACUUUCUCACAGUAAAGUUGAUGAAAUGCUUUGUUAUUAUGCAGAAUUUACAUUGUACGGCCUUUUAACUUACAGGAAUGUGCACUCUCGAAUAUCUUAAUUAUAGGCUACUCCGGCUUUCUCUGUUUCCUAUUUCUGUCAUGUUAAAUAUUAGUUACUAUCAGUAUCGACCGUCAGUAGGUGUAAUGACAACACAUUCAACUGCCAAUUCAAUGUUCGUUCCCUUCAGUUGGUAUAGCCUACAUUUUCACUCCAUGCAAUAACAGUUUGAACCCGAACCAUGUUACAAUACUUGGCUGUGUCAUCACACAGUUCCAUGGUUAGUGCAGAAUAUAGACAAGGGUAUAGCCUACUAUUGUACACUAUUCUCCCUGUUACUUUCACGAGGGAAGUCUGAAUACCAACCACUGAGAAGUGCUUAAGAACGGCAUAAUUUCCUAAAGUACUGCAAUAAAUAGUGGAUAGGGUGCCAUUUGGGAUAGGUGCACAAUAACCAGGAGGGCUGAGCCCAGACUUGGCUCUCUGUCGUGAAUUGUCAACAAUCUGCAUUUUAAUAACUUCCUGUCUCUCUUUAAUACCAUCCCUUGGGGCUGGGAGGGCUGGGAGACAGGCGGGGCAGGAUUCUCAGGAAGGCCGGCCAUGUACCCUCCCUCCCCUGGUCCAUUGGCAGACCAGCAGCCUCAGCAGGAGGUAGGGGAGGGAAGAGGAGGGCCAUGUGCCAGAGAGCCCCUUUCCUCCCAGCCUCCAGCCAGAUGAUGUGUGUUUCUGUGGAGUGGGACUGUUAGUGAAGGAGCUCUCCGCCUGCCUGUGAACAGAACAGUAUUCAGCAGUAAGUAGCAGGUGCUGUGAGAAGCCUCUCUGUUCCUACUGGACAUCAGGAGCUGCCAGACCUCUCCAGAACCUCUCCAGAACCUCUCCAGCAGCCAGAGGAGAGCUCUUGAGGGUCAACGGAGCGAGGCCAGAGAGGGGCGGGUAAACCAUGGACCUGUGUGCCUCCACUCUCGAGCUGCUGGGGAUGGUAGUGUACAUGGCAGCCUGGCUGUGUGCUCUGGCCACCACCCUGAUGCCACAGUGGCUGACCCUGUCCACAGAUCUCUUGCUCACAGAGAGCUAUGAGCUGGGUCUCUGGGAGACCUGCGUGGUCCAGGACAUGGGGGGGAUGGAGUGUCGACCCUACGACAGCCUGCUGGGCCUGCCUCAGGACAUCAAGGUGGCCCGUGUCUUCAUGUGUAUCUCCCUGGCUGUGGGCCUGCUGGGCCUGCUGCUGGCUAUCCCUGGUCUUCACCUGGUCAACAGCUUCAGCCAGGGGCUGGAGGGCUGCAGGGCCAAGAGGAUUAUGAAGGUGGCAGGAGGGGUGCUGGGGAUGGUAGCUGGGGUGCUUUCUCUGGUCCCUGUUUCCUAUGUCGCCCACUUGACGGUAAUGCGUUAUUUUGAUGAGUCGGUGCCGGAGGUGGUGCCGCGCUGGGAGUUUGGUGAUGCCCUGUUCUGCGGCUGGGUGGGGGGGUUCCUCCUUCUGGUGGCUGGAUUACUCCUGUUUGCAUCCUGUCUGGGGCCUCUGGCAGACUAUUACGGUGCACCCCAGGCUGACCAUUCCAGGGGACCCCAGGCAGACGGAGCACCCCAGGCACAAUCGCAGAAGAGAUACGAGGUCCGGAAUACAGAUCAUUCCUCCAGGAAACCUCCAGAGUAUGUCUGAGGCGAGGGGAAGGGAGAAGAGAGGAGAGGCGAUACGAGGUCCAGAGUAUGGAUCAUUCCUCCAGGAAACCUCGAGAGUAUGUCUGAGGUGAGGGGAUGGGAGGUUUACUGGAGGAAUGAUCCGUACUCCGAACCUCGUAUCUCUUCUCCUCUCUCUGAGGCGAGGGGAGGUGGAAGGAAGGAGAGGGGAGGGGAGAGAUAUUCUAUUCUGGAAGGUUUAUGGAUGAUUCUGCCUCUCUUGAAAAUAGUUAAACAGCCUAAGAACCAGCCCUGGCACUCUGGCUGAUUGCUUUUUAUGUCAAACCCAUAGGGAAUACCUGGAGCAACUUUCACAAUAAAUUAUUUUUAUGUCAGAUUCAGAGGUAAUUGUUUGGAUGUAAACCUGCUAUAUCCACACCCCAUCCUCCCCAACUCUAUAAAACCUGCUCCAGUCUCACCCCAUCCUCCCUGACUCUAUAAAACCUGCUCUAGCCUCACCCCAUCCUCCCUGACUCUAUAAAACCUGCUCCAGCCUCACCCCAUCCUCCCUGACUCUAUAAAACCUGAUCCAGCCUCACCCCAUCCUCCCUGACUCUAUAAAACCUGCUCCAGCCUCACCCCAUCCUCGCUGACUCUAUAAAACCUGCUCCAGCCUCACCCCAUCCUCCCUGACUCUAUAAAAACUGCUCCAGCCUCACCCCAUCCUCGCUGACUCUAUAAAACCUGCUCCAGCCUCACCCCAUCCUCACUGACUCUAUAAAACCUGCUCCAGCCUCACCC